AUGCCUGCCAAGAAGGAGACAACUGGCUCCAAGCCCAAGUCCGGCUCUAGCCACGCAAGCUACCAGGUUCGUCCCGACUCGGAUUUCCUACCGCUAUGCGGUCCGUCUAACCUCUCGCAGGACAUGAUCACGGAUGCCAUCGUGAACCUUAAGGAUCGCAAUGGUUCGAGCCGUCAGUCCCUGAAGAAGUACGUCAAGGCCAACAACCAGCUUAACGUGGCCUCGGACAAGAUGUUCGACUCGCUCUUCAACAAGGCCUUGAAGGCCGGCGUCGAGAAGGGCGUCUUCGCCCAGCCCAAGGGACCCUCGGGCGGCACCAAGCUUGCGAAGAAGCAGGCCGAGCCUAAGAAGCCGGCGGCCAAGAAGGAUGCCGCCAAGAAGCCGGUGGCCAAGAAGGCUACGGCGACGAAGAAGACGACCACCGCCACCAAGGCCGGAUCCAAAGCUACGACGACGAAGAAGGCUGCUGCGCCCAAGAAGGCGGCCGCUGCCAAGCCCGAGAAGCCCGAGACGGUCUUGACCAAGACGAAAUCGGGACGCGUCGCCAAGACGCAAAAGCCCGCGGCGAAGAAGGCGGCUCCCAAGAAGGCGGCGCCGAAGAAGGCUGCCGCCGCCGCCGCCAAGGAGUAG